AUGUCUGUCUCGCCCGCUCUGAGAGGCGACUCGGCACAUAAAGCGCUGUCAUUAUACCGCCAGCUCCUGCGCCAGGGCAACCAGUUCGCCGCCUACAACUUCAGAGAAUACGCCAAGCGCCGCACACGCGACGCCUUCCGCGAGAACAAGAACGUCGACGACCCGCGGCGCGUCCAGGAGCUGCUGCAAAAGGGUCUCAAGGAGUUGCAGAUGCUAAAGCGCCAAACCAUCAUCAGCCAGUUCUACACGCAGGACCGCCUCGUCGUCGAGGGCGGGUUAUCGGGCAAGGAUGAAGAAGGGAAAGGAGGCAUCAUGAGGCAGAAAGACACCGGGUACGUCGCACUUGUUUACUGA